AUGCAAAUUGGACGAAUGGGGUCUCCAUCGGUAAUUGAGGAUGAUGCAGGUGCGGGUCACGCUUUGAGCGAUUUCCUACUUCAACUUGAAAACUAUAAUCCUUCAAUACCAGACUCCGUUGUUGCUCAUUACUUGAACAUGUCUGGUUUCGAGUCACAGGAUCCCAGGUUGAUUCGUCUCAUCGCACUAGCAUCUCAAAAAUUCCUGUCCGAUAUAGCCAAUGAUGCACUCCAGCACUGCAAAAUGCGAACUUCUAGUCAGAUGACGCAGAGUUCUAAAAACCAGAAGGGGCCUAAGGAAAAGAAAUAUGUGAUGACUAUGGAAGAUCUGGCUCCGGCGUUGCAGGAGUAUGGCAUUGUGGCACGGAAGCCUCAUUACUUUGUGUGA